GAGGCUCCGCAGCAAUCCACGUCUAAAUCACCCUCUCCCGGGCCUAGCUAGCACCAAUUGCCCGUCAUGCCACGCGGCCACAUGAAAUACCGCCAUCUCAGUCGGUCGUCGUCGCAUCGACAAGCGCUCCUGCGAAACCUCGUCACAUCGCUCUUCAAGCAUGAGACCAUAGCAACAACAUGGCAUAAGGCCAAGGAAGCGCAGGUAUUGGCCGAGAAGCUGGUCACGCUGGGGAAGAAGAACACAGAGGCCACUCGGCGGAGAGCAAUGCAGAUAUUCUACGAACCGAAUGACUUGGUCCCUAAGCUGUUUGGGUCCAUAAGGGAGCGCUAUGCAAAUAGGCCUGGUGGAUAUACGCGCAUUCUCCGCAUCGAACCUAUGAAGGAAGACCAGGCCGAAUCUGCCAUUCUCGAACUCGUCGACGGACCAAAAGACAUGCGUUUCGCCAUGACUGCAAAGUCACUAGCACGGAGAGACCCAUCCCAGGCUUUCUCUCCUGCAGUUACAACUCAUGUGAAGAAGGCCACACAAUUCCGCAAAAACGGGGUGGAGGACUUGCGCACAAUGGUUGAAACCCUGCGACGAGCACACCAGAAUGGUCUCGACGACCGAAUAUUACCCAAGCCGAGGAGCGUUUACCCCGAGGAUGCCAUGAAGAGGGGUAUGCAUUACUUUGAGGAGGUUGACGACCACAAGAAGCCAAACCCUGAUCGUAUAAAGUGGUUCAAGAAGGUCGGGAAGAAAGUUCACAAGUCGCUGCAUGGUCGGAAAAAGCCUGUCUCGGUACAAGAGCCAGCGUCAAACAAAGAAAAUAUCAAGCAAAUAGUGUAAAAAUGCCACGGCAACAAUGUACAAUAUCAGUAUUCCAACAUGGCUCGCGUCAUUGCGCUCCACCCAUCAAGUCGGCACUACUUUCAUAUAUAUGGCUUACAUUGCUGAUGACCCUGACAUCUACAAAGCAAGAAACAAUACUAUACUCAAGCCAA